UUCGCUCACCUUGCUGAGAAGUUCCAGAACAGGCAGGAUUGAGUCACACAGUCUCUCAGUCCAGUCACCAAUCUCCUGGGAGCCCUGAGCAGCUGCUCUAUCAGCCUGAGGGAAGGUUCUAGAAGAAACCGUGGCUGUCCCCUGGGAGAUUCAUGGCUCUGAAAAGGAACCUGAAGGAGUGGCCAGAAGCCAGACGCGCACCAUGCUGCAGUGCAGACCGCCCCAGGAGUUCAGCUUCGGGCCCCGGGCCCUGAAGGAUGCUCUGAUCUCCUGUGAUCUGGCCCUGAAGCAGCUCUACACCUCAGCCUUCUCCCCAACAGAGCGGCUCUUCCUGUCUGAGGCCUAUAACCCUCACCGGACGCUCUUCAGCACACUGCUCAUCCACUCAGCCUUUGACUGGCUCCUGAGUCGCCCAGAGGCCCCUGAGGAUUUUGAGACCUUCCAUGCUUCCCUGCAGCCCCGGAAGCAGAGCCUGCCUAGGAAACACAUUUACCUGCAGCCCAUAGAUCUGAGUGAGGGGCUGGCAGGAUGGCCCCUGCUAGACCACCUUCAAAGCUGCGCAGAGGCUUUCUUCCUGGGCCUUCGUGUCAAGUGCCUGCCCUCCGUGGCCGCUGCCUCCAUCCACUGCUCCUCAAGACCCAGUCGAGAUACCGAGGGGCUCCAGCUUCACACAGAUGGCAUCCUGUCUUUCUUGAAGAACAACAAGCCGGGGGACGCACUGUGUGUGCUGGGCCUCACGUUGGCUGACCUGUACCCCCACGAUGCUUGGACUUUCACCUUUGGUAGGAUCCUUCCAGGGCACGAAGUGGGUGUGUGCAGCUUCGCUCGCUUCUCUGGGGAGUUCCUGCAGGCCAGGCCCGGUGUUCCCGAUCCAGCUGUGCUGGAGGCAGCGGCAGAUGGCCCUGAGACUCUGCCACACCAGGGAGCCCAGUCCCUGUGCUUCAGCGCCCUGGGCAUGGUUCAGUGUUGCAAGGUCACCUGCCAUGAGCUUUGCCACCUCCUGGGCCUGGGGAGCUGUCGCUGGCUCCGCUGCCUCCUGCAGGGGGCGCUUAGCCUUGAUGAGGUGCUCCGGAAGCCCCUGGACCUCUGUCCCAUCUGCCUACGGAAACUGCAACACCUCCUGGGCUUCAGGCUCCUGGAGAGGUACAAGAGGCUUCACUCUUGGACCCGGGUGGUGGUGGAGCUGUGGUCUGGUCAAGAGGCUGGGGAGCCAUCUGUGUCGGAGGACACCCUGCCCUUCAGUGCUGACUCAGGCAUGGGCUGUGAGAGUGACACGGAGCCUGUCACCAGCCCAUCAGAGCCUGUCACGCCCGAUGCAUGGAGUCACGCCUUCCCCGAUGGGCCUGAAGCAGAGUCUGAGGAUGGACCGAGCUCUCUGGUGGCCUCGGAAGUGUUGCUGAAACUUGGAGGUUCCGUGCAGGCCAUCGAGGAGUAUGCACAGUGGCUAGAUGCAUGCAUCCAUGCCCUGGAGAGGGAGGUGGCUGAAGACGAGCUAGUCCAGGUGGAUGCAGCCGUGGAUGCCCUGGCCCGGUGGGAGAUGUUCACAGGGCAGCUCCCGGUGACCAGGCAGCACGUGCCCUGCAGCAAGGAUAACGUGGGGCUGCGCAGGGUCCUGGGGGACAAGCUCUUUUCCCUGAGGCAGAGACUGAGCUCUCGAAGAUUUGCCAAGGCCAGUUCUUCCCCCUGCCGCCGGGGGGCGGAGAACUAAGGCAGUAAGAUGGACCAUCUAAUGCAGAGGUUAGCUCCUGGCAUUUUUUUU